GCCGGCGCGACGCGCGCGGAGCCUCUGAGGCGUGGACCCGGUGAGGCGUCCAACCAAUGGGCUCCCGGCCAAGUAGUGGGAUCGGCGGGCGUCCGGCUGCUGUCCCCCGCGGGAUUGGCGUGAGGUGGCGGAGCCGGGAGGCGACCGUGAGCGCACCGGACCCCCGUGGACCGCGGCCCGGUCCGGGUGUAGGGAGCUGUGCUCUGAGGUACUAUAUACUGCAUUUUAUUUGCGAUUCUCUUUUUGACGGACGUUGGUUGUUCCCAGUUUUUCAACUUCUAGACAAUGCUGCAGGGAAAUCCUGUGUUUACAGAUGAAGUGUUACAGCUUCACGCCCUGAGCUAAUGGCAGACGUUCAACCACUGAGCCCCCCAGGCGCCCCUCCAUUUCUCUUUUUAAUUGAGAUUUCAUUUAUUCAUGAGAGACACAGAGAGAGAGAGAGAGACAGAGACACAGGCAGAGGGAGAAGCAGGCUCCGUGCAGGGAGCCCCGAUGAAGGACUCAAUCUCAGGAUUCCGGGAUCACGCCCUGAGCUGAAGGCAGACGUUCAACCACUGAGCCCCCCCCCCAGGCGCCCCUCCAUUUCUCUUUUUAAUUGAGAAUGUUUCAUGCAUCCAUGGACCAAAAGAUGGAGUUGGUUUUUAUUUUUAAAAAGAUAUUAUCAAUGAUCUGAAGUUGCAUGGACUUGGCAUCAGAUGGGACUAGUGGUCAUUUUUUAAAGUUUCUUCAACCACAAUUACUAUUUGAAAAUUCAAGCGUCCAAGAAUAUUGGGUUUAGAAUUGGCAUAAUGAUGUAUUUUCUCUGAGGACUGCAAAUUUCAUAGAGACCAUAGUUGGAUGCCAGUUGGAUUCCAAUUCUUCAAUCAAAGUGAUUCAGUCCUUUGAAAGUUAAUUUUGAAGAGUUUUAUGUUUAUGGACGACGCCAAAAGAUGGGAGAAAAAAAUGGUGAUGCAAAAACUUUCUGGAUGGAACUGGAAGAUGAUGGAAAAGUGGACUUCAUAUUUGAACAAGUGCAAAAUGUGCUGCAUUCACUGAAACAAAAGAUAAAAGAUGGGUCUGCCACAAAUAAAGAAUAUAUUCAAGCAAUGAUUCUAGUGAAUGAAGCAACCAUAAGUAACAAUUCCACAUUGAUAAAGGAUCAUAUAUCUGUGACUCAGAAUGAACAGGAAAAUAAAUCAGGUUCAUUGCCCUCUACAUCAUAUGAAGACUCCUUUCCAGAAGACUGUACAUCUCUAUCUGCAAAAAAUAAGGAGAUUCCUCCUUUGGAAAAUAAAGUUGCCUACAUUAGAGAAAAGAAAUCAUUUUUUAAUCUACCUUACCAAAGUCAUGACUGCUCUCGAACUUGUCUGAUGAAAACACCCCUGACCUUCAAGGGAGAAAACCCUCUGCAGCUACCAAUCAAAUGCCACUUCCAAAGACGACAUGCAAAGACAAACUCUCAUUCUUCAGCACUCCAUGUGAGUUAUAAAACCCCUUGUGGAAGGAGUCUACGAAACGUGGAAGAAGUUUUUCGUUACCUGCUUGAGACAGAGUGUAACUAUUUAUUUACAGAUAAUUUUUCUUUCAAUACCUAUGUUCAGUUGACUCGGAAUUACCCAAAACAAGAAGAAAUUGUUUCUGAUGUGGAUAUAAGCAAUGGAGUAGAAUCGGUACCCAUUUCUUUCUGUAAUGAAAUUGACAAUAGAAAGCUUCCAUAUUUUAAGUACAAAAGGACUAUGUGGCCACGUGCAUAUUAUCUAACCAGCUUUUCCAACAUGUUUACUGAUUCAUGUGACUGUUCUGAGGGCUGCAUAGACAUAACAAAAUGUGCAUGUCUUCAAUUGACAGCAAGGAAUGCCAAGACUUGCCCCUUGUCAAGUAAUAAAAUAACCACUGGAUAUAAAUAUAAAAGACUACAGAGACAAAUACCUUCUGGCAUUUAUGAAUGCAGCCUGUUGUGCAAGUGUAAUAGACAGAUAUGUCAAAAUCGAGUUGUCCAGCAUGGACCUCAAGUGAGGCUACAGGUGUUCAAAACUGAGAAAAAGGGAUGGGGAGUACGCUGCCUAGAUGACAUUGACAGAGGGACAUUUGUUUGCAUUUAUUCAGGAAGAUUAUUAAGCAGAUCUAAUGUGGAGAAACCUGGUGCUGCUACUGAUGAAAAUGGAAAAGAUUAUAUUAUGAAAAAUAUGUUUUCAAAAAAGAGGAAAAUAGAAGUUGCAGAUUGUGAGGUUGAAGUUAUACCAUUAGACCUGGAAACACAUAAUAGAAGUGCUGAGACUGAGGAGUGUCCACCUGUAUUCAAUAAUAAUAUAAAAGAGCCUGUUACAGAUGUGAAAUGUAACAGUAUUUCAAGAAUUCAGUAUCAUUCAGUCAUUAGAAGUCCUAAAGUGAAGACAGUCAUUAUUCAGCGCAAUGGGAAAAGGAUGGGAUUUGCUUCCUCAGAGUCUGUCACCUCAGAAGAUAAUGAUGGAUUUAAACCAACUCAAGUACAUCUGAACUCCAAUACCAAGGAAAUGAAAAAGGAUUCAAGCUCCUACCAAGUUAAAGACUCUGAAGACAAUCUGCUGAUUGAAUCAGAUGUGAUAGAUAUAACUAAAUGUAGAGAAGAAUCUCCAUCAGGGGGCAGAUGUAACCAAGCAACCACAUUGGAUAAACAAGAUAUUAUAAAGGAGUUCAAGGCUCAAGUGCAAAAGCCCCAAGAGGAAAGAUCUCCAGCGUAUCGAAAUCAUCAGGUCUUUUGUGAUAAAGAGUUCCCAAGUGAAGCCAAGAAUAUUUCACCUAAUUCCCUAAAGAAGUUCAGUAAAGGGAAUGUGUUUUUAUUGGAUGCCACAAAAGAAGGGAAUGUGGGCCGCUUCCUUAAUCAUAGUUGUUGCCCAAAUCUUUUGGUACAGAAUGUUUUUGUAGAAACACGUGACAGAAAUUUUCCAUUGGUGGCGUUCUUCACCAACAGGCAUGUGAAAGCAAGAACAGAACUAACAUGGGAUUAUGGGUAUGAAGCUGGGACUAUGCCUGAAAAAGAAAUCCUCUGCCAAUGUGGGGUUAACAAGUGUAGAAAGAAAAUAUUAUAAAUCUGUAGCUAAUGCUUAUUGAUGAGAUUAGCUUAUCAUGUUGCAGUGAGAGGCAUGCAAGAGAACCUUCAGUCAUCAGUGGAAUUAACUUAGGUUAUGGUCCAUCAAAAGAAUGCAGUUUACCCUUGUCAGGGGAAUCAUUUGUAUGACCUAGAAAUGCUUGGAACAAAAUAAGGACAUUUUCAUAUGCACAGGCUCUUUAUUCUCUGCUGUUCAACUUGACGAGUGGGAUGGAAGUGUAUAUUUUAUAUGAAAUACCAUUAUACAGUUUGUAACUUAUUUGUAAAUUAUAUAUUAAGAGAAACAAAUGUCAGUAGAAUUCACUUAUUCUUAUUUACUUUUGUGAUUAUUAUCUUUGAGUUCAUGCCCUAAAGGGCCAAAUUUCACAUCUUUACCUACAAAAUUUAUGUUUAAUUCUUGGCAAAUAAUUUACCAGUAUGAGCUAUAAGGUGGGCAACACAGCCUGAGGAAGAUGUAAGAACUUUACACAUAUUACUUCCAAGUAUUUUAAGACUAGUUGGAGAAGCUCUGGCUGCAUGUACUUCUGACUCAUCAAACCAUUUGAAUGCUAAGGGGAAAGCUCCUUGGAGCAAACUUGAGAUGGAACUUUUUUUUCCAUAGAUUCUCUUUACUACUCAGUACAGAGAUAAAAAAAGGGAAUAAAAACCUGGAGGAAUUGGUAUAUUUUUUGUUCUAGGUAGAGGAGAGCCAUAAGAAAAGAAAACUUAGAAACUAGUCAGAUUUGGCUUAUUUAGGCCAAACGGGAUUGUGCUGGGCAAGAAUUUCACUUAACAAAGCAAAACAAAUCAAUUCUACUGAGUUGUAAUGUCUGGAACAGCUUCUUGGAUUCUCCUGGCUGUGACGUGCAAAUUGCUUUUGUAGAGAAAAAGGGGUUAUAUUCUGCUAUACUUCAGGUUGGUUACCCAGCCCUGAUUGCAGAGUGGAAAGGGACUGGGAAUCUCCAAGAGUCAAAACUAAUUUUAUCCAUAACAAAGUUGUACAUUUGGCUGCCGCGAACUUAUCCUUGGAACCAGAAUAGGAAUAGUAGCUCAAUAUGGAGUAAUUAAAAGUAGUUUUGGUUUUUGAGAGGUUUUAUGUCUUUUUCUUUUUUUUUCUGUAGUUGAUUCUGGGUUUAGUUUGGUCACUAUUCAAAGAAAACUCUUAAGUUUGGAUUCAAUUUAAUUGCUUAAAAACAUUGAACUAGAUGAAAAUUUAACUUGAAAUGGUUUUCGAGAGUGGAAAACUAGGCAACUAGGAAAAGGAGCAAAGUUAUAGCCUAACAUCCUGGAGACCGACAAGGAAAGUUAAGUCCAUUUAUUCACAGUAAAGAGGUAGGAAUUUCAGGCAGUACAUUGAAAGUGACGAUACUUGAGAAGUAUGGGAAAUAUUUUUGUGCAGAAAUCCUGACAUCUUGAUUUACUUCACAACUGUUGUCUUCCAUCCAUGUCCUAAAGAUGCCCUCUGUCUUAAAUCCGAUCUGUUCCCAGUUAAAUUCCAUUAUUUCCCUUUUCCUUGGUUUAUUCCCAUACAUUGGUGAAAGGACACCUUCCAGUUGUUUUUGGAAAGGAAAAUUGAGAGGUGAAUAUUUUGAGACCUUGCAUGUUUGAACGUGUUCUUUUACUCUACAUUUGAUUGCUAUUUUUUCGGGGUAUAGAAUUCUUGAGCAACCUCCAUCCACAAUUUUGAAAGCUGCUGCUAGCUUCCAUGGUGACUACUGAAGUCCUAUGUCAUUCUGUUCCUUAUCUUUUAUAUAUAUGACCAGUUUUUAUCUCUUGAAGCUGACAGAAUUAUCUUUAUCCCAGUAUUCAGUUUCUGGUAAGGUCCAUUUUCAUCCUUCAUCCUGGGUGCUUGGUGGGAUCUUCCAGUCUGAAUUCUUUGUCCUUCAGGGAAAUUAUCUUGAACCAUUUCCUUAAUGAUUCCUCAUCUGUUUAUUCUUUCUUUCUAGAAUUCUUGUUAUUCAGAUGUUAGACCUCCAGGAUUGGCUCUCGAAUUUUUUUCUUUUUUUUUAGAGAGUUUUGAUUUUUUUUUUCAAGUUAUUUAAGUAAUCUUUAUACCCAGUGUGGGGUUCAAACUUAAAACCCUGAGAUCAAGAGUUGCAUGUUCCUCCAGCUGAACCAACCAGGUGCUCCAAAUUUUCUUUCUCUUUAUUUUCAGCUUUUUGCUGUACUUUCUGGGAAAUUUUCCCAAUUUAAAUCUUGCAAUAUGUCCAUUGUGCUUUAUUUUUCUGGUGUUGUAUUUUUAAUUUCUAGAGCUCCCUUUUCUUUGGAUUUCUUUAAACAGUAUCUUAUUUUGGCUUCAUGGUUGCAGUAUCUUAUUUCUUUAAAAAUACCACGAUGUAUAUUUUAUAGAUUUAUGUGUGUAUACACAUAGGCAUUCAUAUCUGUAUUUUUCCUGCAUAUUUUGUGGCUUUAAAGGUUUAUUUCUUGUUUUCCCUGUAUGUUGCCUUUGGUCUUUGUCUUUCCUGUUACAGGCUUUCCUCAGUUUGUGAUCCUGGCAGUCUAUUCACACUUAAGAGGAGAACACUAAAAGGCUGAGAUUGAAAGCUGGAGUGGGGGAUGGGUCCCUUCAAGUGCCACAUCACGACCUAGCUGGGCUAGAUCAGUCUCUAAUUGUCUCCUUAAUGCUUUGUUUUGGGCUGAUUGAAGGGCAGAAUCUUGGCUGCCAGAGUCUGCUUUUAUUCCCCUUUAAGCCCUGUUCUUCUGUAAUUUCUGUAUUUGUCUAGACUAUCCAAGUUAUCUUUUUAAAUAUUUUCUGCUGUCCCCAAUUUGCCUCUCUUCUCUUUAAAACCUCAAAAAUGCAAAAAUAUAAUAAAACCUCAAAAUGCACGACCUCCACAAGUUUUCCUUUAAUUCCUGAGCAAGCCACCAUUCCAAGCUUUUUUCCGAAACAACUUUUUUAAUCUGUAAUUUAAUUUUACGCAUUUGUGUUCUCUACAUGUGUAUUUAUUUGUUACAUGCACUGAAAACCUCUUCUUGAAUGGUGCUGUGUACCCCAUGGGUGCUAAUAAAGACUUGCAACUGGAAUUACAAUUGAUUAA